GGCUACUACUGCAGCGUCUUCUGUCCCUGAUCGUCCUUCUGAAUCGCCUGAUUGUCACUCCACUGACUCUUGGCCAAGGAAUGACUUAUUUGUCCUAGAGAAUCUUUAUCUAGUACGAAUAAUAUAAACUGGUGCAGGUGUAAAUUUAGACGGACUGGAAGAACUAAGAGAAAUUGUUCCUUAAUCUCUGGCACACCUUGGGGCAUGUGACAUUCCAGCUGAGCUAAGAGAAAGGUCUGGCCGGAGUAACAUUCCAGACCUGGUGGUUGAUAAAGACAGGAGUGGAGUGAUUUCAGACAAUGAGCUUCAGCAAGCAUUAUCCAAUGGUACUUGGACUCCAUUUAAUCCAGUGACUGUUAGGUCAAUCAUUUCAAUGUUUGACCGAGAAAACAAGGCUGGUGUGAACUUCAGUGAAUUUACAGGUGUGUGGAAAUACAUCACAGACUGGCAGAAUGUCUUCCGCACCUAUGACAGGGACAACUCUGGGAUGAUUGACAAGAACGAGCUCAAGCAAGCACUCUCAGGUUUUGGCUACCGGCUCUCUGAUCAGUUCCAUGACAUCCUCAUCAGAAAAUUUGACAGACAAGGACGAGGGCAGAUUGCAUUUGAUGACUUCAUCCAGGGCUGUAUCGUCUUGCAGAGGUUGACAGACAUAUUCAGACGCUAUGACACGGAUCAGGACGGCUGGAUUCAGGUGUCUUAUGAGCAAUAUCUCUCCAUGGUCUUCAGCAUCGUAUAACCAGGCCCUGUGAACAGCAAGCACAGCGUGCAAAAAGACUGAAAAUGCCAAAUCCCUUACCUGUGAUGAAACAGGGCACAAGUGCGGUUAGAUGCUGUUCUUCCUGUAGGCUGUAUAAUUACUAUUUGGGGACCUGGCUGUACAUAUGUGAAUAAGCUGGUUAGUGAUUCUGUAGUGGCACCCUAGCUACACUGUUAUAAUACAAACCUUGGGUUUGAUGACUAAUUGUGCCAUGAGGUGAAACCUAAUAAUGGUUCGGGAUUCUGCUCUCAAACUAUCAUGUUCUCUUCUAGAUGUCUCUAAUUCUGUAGUUGAAAUGCUUUUAUUAGCCAAUAGGAUUUUAAAAUAAUAUGGAACUUGCACAGAAGGCUUUUCAUGUGCCUUACUUUUUUAAAAAAAGAGUUUAUGUAUUCAUUGGAAUAUGUAACAUAAACAAUAAAGUAAUGAUACAGAC